UGCUUAAUCAAAUCCAGCUGUUUGUUAAAGUCUAUUGUUCUAGCUAGCUUGUUCAAUUCAUUCUGCCAUCAUCACCUAAUUAAAUUUAAUUCAUCUUUGUAAAAAGAAAUUACAGUAAAAAUGACGGUAACAAAAAGCAAGAUCUUAAUCAUUGGAGGCACAGGCUACCUGGGAAAAUUCUUGGUGGAGGCAAGUGUUAAGCAUGGUCAUCCUACUUUCAUCCUCGUCCGAAAAUCAACUCUCCCCACCACCAAUCCUUCCAAAUCGUCACUCAUCGACUCCUUUAAGGAAUCAGGCGUUACUCUCAUCACUGGGGACUUGUAUGACCACUCGAGUUUGGUGAAGGCGAUAAAGGAAGUAGAUGUGGUGAUAUCAGCGAUAGAUCAGGACCAUCACGAGGAUCAAGUUAGAAUCAUUGCUGCCAUUAAAGAAGCUGGUAAUGUCAAGAGAUUCUACCCAUCCGAGUAUGGAAAUGAUGUGGAUUAUUGUACUGAUGGUGCUUUAGAGCCAGCCAAAUCGGCUUUCGCAACCAAGGCUAAGAUUCGUCGUGCCAUUGAGGCUGAAAAUAUCCCUCAUACAUAUAUUUCUUCGAAUUGUAUGUCUGGUUUUUUCCUUCCAACAUUAUCUCAACCGGGAGUCACGGCUCCCCCAAGGGACAAAGUCUUUAUCUUAGGUGACGGAAACGCAAAAGUUGUUUUCAACGACGAAUAUGAUAUUGCAACCUACACUAUUAGAACCGUGGAUGACCCAAGAACCUUGAACAAAGUUGUAUACGUCAAGCCUCCUGGUAACAUUUACUCACAUACCGAGUUGGUAUCGUUGUGGGAGAAGAAGAUAGGCAAAACCUUGAAAAAGGUUUAUGUUAGUGAAGACCAAAUUAUGAAGAGCUUACAAGAGUCUCCGUUCCCAACCGAUAUGAUGUUAUCACUCUAUCACUCCAUAUUUGUUAAGGGAGAUCAAACAAACUUUGUGAUAAUACCAUCAUUCGGGGUGGAAGCUUCUGCUCUUUAUCCGGAUGUUAAGUACACUACCGUAGAUGAGUACCUGAAUGGUUUUGUUUCGCCAUGUGUCAGCCACGUCAGCACGUCAAUAUCCAAGUUCGCACCUUAUUGGAGCAUUUUUACAGAAACGUAAUAAGUCAAACACAGCCCAUGAAGAAAGGCCCAAAUGCACUAUCAAAAGGCCGGCCCAUUUCAGUGAUUAAGUUAUUUCCAAUUGCACGUGUGUAGUUCCUGCAUCUUUUGAUUAGUCUUGCAUUUUGUUUACAUGUUCACAUGUUUAGAUAUGGUUGCAUUUGCUUAAAAGAAUAAGGAAACAUGGGCUAAUUCCUGUCAUGUUUUGCUUUGAAAACUAUUCAGAAGAUUGACCAAAAGUAUUAUUAAUGUAACUGUUGUUUUUUAGUUUUU